CCAUUCUGUUUAUUUUUGCGUUCACGCGCGUGUGUUUAGACGUCCCCUACGGCUCGGUGUGAUUUUUUCAAGGAGAAUCCGGGAUCAUUCGAUAAAAAACCUUAACAAAAUGUGUCAAAAUCGAAAUUCGCUAAUACGCAUGCGUGGACCUGUCAGUGCAACACGUAAACACUGGUGACCUUUAAUUUUGGAUUAUUUUAUAUUUUACGAAAAUACAGCUUUGACGCUUUAAAAUAGAUUUUUCAAUUAAAAAACGCGUUUUUGUGGUGAAAAUAGUGUGAGUUUAAUUCAUGAAAUGGCGAAACCGAAUUCCGGCUUGGAGUUAGACGCGAUUUUGGCGCAGCUGGGCCCUUUCGGGAGAUAUAAUCUUGUGAACUAUGCGUUUCUUUUGUUCCCUGUUUAUUUGGCGGGAAUUUUCGGGUCCAUCUAUGUGUUCGAAGCUCCUGACAUCAACUACAGAUGUCACGUGAGCGAGUGUGCCCAUUUAGAAAAUACUUCAUGGGUGACGAACGCCAUACCUCUGGUGAAAGAAGAGCUGUCAAAAUGCACAAGGUACCAAAUGGCGAGAGAUGAGUACUCAUAUACAAAUGACACGAUGUGUGUCGCUGAAGACUUCAGGAAUAAAACAGUGCCAUGCAAAAAGUUUGACUAUAGUGAAGAGGAAUACUCCAUAGUUAAGGACUUUGACCUGGGCUGCCAAGACAUGAAGAGGACUCUCGUAGGCACCAUACACAAUGCGGGCCUCUUCGUAUCUUUGCCUCUGACGGGCAUCAUAUCCGACAGGUUUGGGAGGAGGACAGCCCUGUCUAUAGCCUCUCUGAUGAACGGCAUAUUUGGUAUCCUCAGAUCUUUCUCAAUCAACUACGAGAUGUUCAUGGCGUUUGAGUUCUUGGAAACGGCUAUGGGCGCCGGAGCUUAUAGUACUGCGUUCGUUUUAGCUAUGGAGCUGGUCGGCCCCAAAGGCCGAGUCUUCGGCAACACCAUCAUCAAUGUUCUCUACGUCUUCGGUGUCAUGACCCUCUCAGGCCUGUCCUGGUACCUUCAAGACUGGCGCCAACUCCUGCGCAUCGUCUACUCUCCAGCCCUACUAGUCUUCUCAUACCUCUGGAUCCUCAACGAAAGCGUCAGAUGGCUUCUCAGCAAAGGGAGAACAGACGAAGCCGUUGCAAUCCUCAACAAAGCCGCCAAAAUGAAUAACGUGGAGCUCUCCGAGGAACUACUUUCGCCCCUGUAUCAUAAAGUGCCUUUGGAACAAAAGGAAGAAGUUGUAGCCGAUAAGGAAUCGUCAACGUUCAUCAAAGUUGUGAAAUCUAGUAUUAUAAGACAAAGACUGGUUGUGUGCUCUUUCCUGUGGAUUACUUGUACGUUUGUGUACUACGGACUGUCGAUAAACUCAGUGUCGCUAGCCGGGAAUAAAUAUCUGAACUUUAUGUUGGUGGGAUUCGUGGAGAUUCCUGCUAAUUUCGCGUGCUUCUUAGUCUUGGACAGAUUCGGGAGAAAAAGGACGUUGAUUACGACAUACGUGUUGAGUGCGUGUUUGUGUAUAAGCUUAUCGUUUCUGCCCAAAGGUCAAAAGUGGCUGUCGUUAGUCAUCUAUCUGAGCGGCAAGUUCAGCAUCACAGUGGCGUAUAGUUCUGUCUACAUUUACGUGUCUGAAGUAUUCCCGACCAACGUCAGACAAUCCUUGUUGGCGGUCUGCUCGUCCUUGGGCAGGGUUGGGUCGACUUUGGCACCGUUAACACAGUUGCUGGCACAGCCCACCAUAUUCUUCGGGAGCCUGGCGCUGGCAGCCAGUGUCCUGGUCUUCACGCUUCCAGAGACCAUCAACUGUCCUCUACCUGACACCAUCGAAGAAGCCGAGCAGUUAUCCAAAAGAAAGGUCCAACAAGAAGAACCAUAGUUCAAAUGGUUUCUCAUAAACGCCUUCUCAAUUUGACUUAGCUAAAUCACAGAGCGGCCAAAUGCAUAUUGAUAUUUUUGAUAACUGCAUCGUAACAAUAUUUCAGAUCAUCAUUUUGAUCGACUUUGUAUUUUUAUCACAUGACAUCACAAUGAAAAGACAUUACUUACAUUAUUUAAUAUUACUACAUAGCAUACGUGAACUUUUGUUACCUAGCUCAGCUUCGCAAAAAUAUUUUUAAAGGAUGACAAUUUUAUAAAAUAAUCUUUAUAUUAUUUUCAAGCAUGCUGUAGGUAACACUCGUAUUUAAAAAAAGUUUAUUCAUAAUUACUUAUUUAUACUUUCUGUAUUUUUGCACUGAGUAUGUAUAAAUGAGCACAUGUUGAAAUAAAAUGUAUUGUGUAUAAUG